AUGGGCUGCUCCAGGCCCUGGCCAGCCAUAUGGAACAGCCAAUGGGACGAAGAUUGUACUUCGGUAUUUGCGUGGGAUAACUUUGAUCUAGAUGCCGUCAACCAGACCUUGUUAGAAUCCAUGGACUACGGGCUGCAGAAUACCCUUCCAGGCCCUGCAGACGGUUCCGUCCCUUCCGACCCGAAUCUCAACUUUCCUCAUGGUCCUACACUUGUACAAAAGAAAUGGCACACCUUUUCCGAGGCAACAAUUCCAUCGGGCGACACGACCCCCGAGUGCCCAAGGAUCAACAAUACAAUCAACACCCGUGCUGAUGAUCGUUAUCGUCAGAAGCUAGUUGAAAGCCUCCAGCAGAGAGUGCAGCCUGGUAUUCUUCCAUCUACUAAGUUCCUGGACCUUUGUCUCCAAGCAUAUUUUACACAUUUCCAAACUAUCUUCCCCCUUAUUCAUGCACCCACUUUUCAGCCGUCAAAGGGAAACGCGGUUCUCCUGCUGUCAAUGUGCACGAUCGGCAGCCUGUUUCUGGGUUCAUCGAAGGCCUUGACACAUGGAAUAAGCAUGUUCGAAAGACUCAACAAAGCUAUACUUGCUUCAUGGGAUACAUACAUGCAAGCAACCGGGUCGGCUUCUAUUCAAGCACUUCAAGCUUCUCUAAUAGGGCAAACAUUCGGGUUGUUGUUGGGACGACCGAAAGAUCUGGACUGUACAGAGGCCUUUCAUGGCUGUAUAGUAGCUUGGGCUCGCAAGCUGAAGCUGUUUCAUUCUGACGAGACCCCUAUAGGGCACAUGGAGACCCUAGAAGACGAUAGCGAAGCACUCAAUGCUACAUGGAAGAGCUGGGCUCGCUUGGAGGAGAAAAAGCGCAUCACGCUCGCAAUUCACAUUCAUGACGCUGAGCUGGCUAAGCUUCACCACCACGAGCCAAUGCUUAGACAUGCCCCCGAGAAACUGGUCCAGAUUUCUGCUCCAGAGCUAUUUGCCGCCCCCAACUCCAAGUCUUGGAAAGCUUUGUUCACCAGGACUCAACCACCUACCCGAGACAUAUCUCUUUCGCCUGAAAGCGGCUCGUUUCCGUGCCUAAGGACUCUGGAAAAUGAUUUUCAAUCCUAUGCUACGCUUGACUCUAUUGGUGCGCUAGCAUAUGAGGACAGGGACUUCGAACCCUCGUGGCAUGCAACCAUGCAGAAGUGUCAGGGACUAUUAAUAGAUUGGUACCAGAAGUAUGUUACAUCCUCAGAGGUGAGCCAUAAGCCUGACCAUUUCUGCCUGAUAAUCCUUUGGCACUCUAUCUUCAUGCACCUCUACACUCGAUUUGAUGACCUGGAGUGUGCCUGUGGAAGAGACGGCGAAGGUCCUGCCCAGAAACAGCGAGCAUAUGCGACCUCCUGGGCAGCUUCUGAGAACGCAGCACGCACUCUCCUCCAUGCCAUUUUGAUCCAACAACAUUUUCAGCUGUUACCUGUCGGUGCGGAGCCCGCAAUUCAUGUGCCAAUGGCGCUAUAUUAUUGUGGAAUUGCAUGGACUUCCUUCACGCGCUUUGGCUCUAAACUUAACGAGCGAUCUGUCGACACUACUGAGCUCUUUAACUUUCCGGAAAUGAGGUCCGUUGGGAUCAGUCAGACAAAGCUUUUCCAGGAUUCCACAAGUAGUGUGCAGUGGGGAAACCCCGAAUCGGCUCCAUUCUUCAGGAUCAUUGAUCUGCUAGGGAAGAUCAGCCACUGGAAGGUGUCUGGAAGUUUCGUGACGACCUUAUUAUCACUUGUGGAGGACACGCAGGAUCUAUUCUAA